CUUCCUGCUGGGUAACGAGACCCACGCCCAGCUGUCCACCCGUCGUGGGCUCUGGAGAGAAGCAACUGCAGACGAAUCUUUACAAGAAGAAUAUUUUAUUAGUGGCAAAAGACCAUUUCGAAGUGAACUUGUCUGUCCUCCAGACAUACAACAGUGAAAUUCCUGUUUCAGCAAAUACAGCCAUUGUGGUGUCUGCUGUUGACUCUCUUCCUCGCCAUGUCUUCUCACAAGACUUUCAGGAUCAAGCGAUUCCUGGCCAAGAAACAAAAGCAGAAUCGUCCCAUUCCCCAGUGGAUUCGGAUGAAAACUGGUAAUAAAAUCCGGUACAACUCUAAGAGGAGACACUGGAGAAGAACUAAGCUGGGUCUUUAAGGAGUCACACAUAAGAUGGCACACUUAUUUAUGCUGUAUCAAAGUCACAUGCUCUUACCAUCUCACUCUGUAAACACUGUUAGUAUCUGGGAAAUUGGGUGUGUUUUAUUGGGGAAAUUAUUUUUUUUGUUUCUAUGCUUCUUCACUAUUCUGUUUAUUCAAUAAUAAAUACGUGAAACCUUUUGCAUGAAAAAAAAA